ACUCCGCCAUCGGCAAGAAAUCCGUUCAUUUUCCAUCAUGAAGUCCGACGGGUUGGUUCUUCGUGCUUUUUCCGCGUUUGCUUUUGUCUUCGUCGUCAUCCACCCGUCAAGAUCGCUUGACCUCACGUGGUCUAUCGCAUCCAACGCCACUGGCAGAGCCAUGCAACGGGACAAUCGGUGUAUUUUAUAUAUGGAUGAUGUAUACAAAGGGAGUUACUGUUCGAAUAGAACGUGUCCGAACUGGAAUUGUCAUGAUGAUUCGGCAGUAAUAUACGGGACGUGUUGUGGAUGUCCCAACUAUUUUGGAGAUGAUCACAUACCGGUACUUUGUAAAAAAAAUUUAGAAUGCCCAAAAUUAAUGAAGGACUUGUGCACUGAUUUCAACUUCAUGAUUUUGUGUUGUUGUUCCCAUAAUAAAAAUUAUUUUAGUUAUACAGUACAGCCUCGAUAUUCCGAACUCCCGAUAAUUCAGUGAACGUGAUAAUUCGGACGGUAUUAGUCAAUUUAUUCGUAAAUACAUUUGUAAUUUGUUCGGAAUUCUUCAUAAAAAAAUUACUGAAUAUUAUACUUAAGUUCUAUUAUUAUAAACAUUUUUUUUUUUUUGUAAUUAAUUAUGUUAGUUAUUUAUUAUUUUUGUAAUUUGAAGUGCAAUAAACACAAAGAUGGUGGAAUUAAAAAUAAAAAUCUUAUUAAUU